AUGCCAGUGGCUAAUCCUGAUGGAUAUGUUUAUUCUCAAACCAAAGAUCCCUCCUGGAGGAAGAACAGAUCCUAUAAGCGUUUUAAGAAAUGUAUAGGAGUUGACCUAAACAGGAACUGGGAUGUAGCCUUCUCAAGAAAGACAAACAGUGAUGAUCCCUGUUCUCCAUUUUACCGUGGGCCCGGUCCUAAUUCAGAAGUAGAAGUGGAAUUCGUGGCAAAUUUCAUUUCAAAGCAUGGGAAUUUCAAAAGCUUCAUUGAUUUCCACAGCUUUUCACAGCUCUUGAUGUAUCCUUAUGGUUACAUAAGCAACAAGUGCCCUGACUGUGCUGAACUGGACAAGCUUGCAAAAGAUGCAGUAAAAGCCCUAUACUCCUUGUUUGGCACCCGGUAUCAAGUGGGAUCUAUCUACAAAACUGUGUAUCCUGUCGGUGGCAGCACUAUAGACUGGGCUUAUAAAAAUGGAAUUAAAUACGCAUUCACUUUUGAGCUGCGAGACACCGGCAAACAUGGCUUCAUUCUGCCAGUUGCUCAAAUCAUCCCCACUGCCCAGGAGACCUGGCUGGCCUUAGAAGUGAUCAUGAAGCAUGUUAAGGACCACCUGUACUAGAGAACCGUCUCUGAUGCUGAAGGACAGAAGGAUAUGCUUUGGAAAGCACUGAUUGUAUUUGUGGUCUUAUUGUCUGUUAUCCAUUCAGCCAUGAGUUCUAUCAGAUGAUGGCAUCAAGGAAUAAUAUUAUUAUGUUCUAUAUUGUGACAUGACCCCUGGUUAUCCCAGAAUGUUAGGGUUCACACGUCCUCCCUCCCAAAUGAAAACCCGACACAGAUAUUUCCUCUAUUAUUACAGUCAGUCUCUUUUUGGAGCUUUUUUAUAUUUUCAGCCUUUAUCUUUUUAUGGCUCAUUUUCUAAAGUCGGGGAAGGCAUUUGUCUUCCCUAUGGCCUGGGUGGGCAGUGCAGACAGGGAAGGCAUCUUGGGGUAUCUUGGCCAACCCAGGUAACCUACCCUAGUAGAACCUUCCAGGACUGUGAUCCCAUAUUCAAAGGUUGUGAGCAAACCAUUCACAGA